GCCUCUGUUUUGAGGUACAUGAAUGACUCUACUCCUAUUUCUAGCCAAAGGAAUAUAUAGAGUUUGAUACAGUGGCGUAAAGUUGGGCAGGGGGCUUAGCAUAGCCCGGAGUCCCAGGACCCAAUUGAGGCGAACAUGGAGUCAGGGAAUAAUCUAAAUUGUCAAGAUUUUAAAUGAAAACAAAAAUACGACCGUUACGCAAUUAAGAAGAUCAGUAGUAAAGGAUUCCCAAAAAGCAGCAUCAUUGAAUCAAACAAAGAGAAGACAGAAAAAAGGAAGAGAAAGAUUUCAUCUUUACUGGGAGAUGGACAACAAAGUUGCUGCUCCUCAGCACCCCAGAGGGGGAGGCAAGGUGAAGAAUGAAGUAGCGAAAGGAAAUCGGCGAGCUCUGUGUGAUAUUGGAAAUCUUGACACUCUACAACUCAUUGAAGGGAAGCCCCCUACCAAUAUUACCCGACCAAUUACAAGGGGCUUUCGUGCAAAACUGUUGGCAAAUGCACAAGCAGCAGCACUAGAGAAUAAGAACUCAGUUGUAGCAGCAGCUGGUGAUGGGUUACCAGUUAAUGGCAAAGGCAGCAAUGUGAAAAAGGUAGCUAAAGCUAACAAGAAGUUAUCUAAUAAGCCAAACCCUAAUACCACAAUUGCUAAUAGCUCUGAUGAUGAAGAAGAAAUGGUUGAGAAAAGAGGUGGAAAGCAGGCAUCUAAUAAGCCAAAACCAGAGACUGCCAUCCUGAUAAAUUCAAAUGAUGAGGGAAAUGUCAAUCCGGUUAGUGAAAAAAGCUUGCAUCAAAGGUCCUUUAGGAAGAAUGUUAAGACACUCACUUCAAUUCUUAGUGCCCGAAGCAGGGCUGCUUGUGCUGUGGUAGCAAAUGAGUUAAAGGAUCAUGUUGUUAAUAUUGAUGCCACUGAGGUGAAUGAUGAAUUAGCAGUUGUAGAAUAUGUUGAUGACCUCUACAAGUUCUAUAAGUCCACAGAAAAUGAUACCCAAGUCCUGGAUUACCUCUGCUCACAGCCACUCAUAAACGUACAGAUGAGAAAAAUUCUAGUGGACUGGCUGAUUCAAGUUCACAACUCAUUUCAACUUAUGAGUGAAAGCCUCUAUUUGACCAUUAAUAUACUUGACCGAUAUCUCUCGAAGAAGGUUGUAUCGAGGUAUGAACUUCAGUUGGUUGGUCUGGGUGCAAUGCUCAUCGCUUGCAAAUAUGAAGAAAUCUGGCCUCCACAGGUUAAGGACUUGGUCUGCAUAUCAGACAAUGCUUAUGUUGAGGAACAGGUACUUGCAAUGGAGAAAGCAAUCUUGGGGACGCUAGAGUGGUAUUUAACAGUACCUACACCAUAUGUGUUCCUUGUUCGAUAUAUCAAGGUUUCUGUUUCACCUUAUAUGGAGAUGGAGAACAUGGUUUUCUUGGCUGAACUCGGCAUUGUGCAUUAUAACACUCUUGUUUUGUACCCCCAAUCUAUGAUUGCUGCUGGAGCUGUUUAUGCAGCACGUUGUACUCUUAAUAGGAGCCCUUUCUGGAGUGAAACUUUGAAGCACCAUACAGGCUAUGAGGAACAACUAAUGAAUUGUGCAAAGCUUUUGGUUGCUUUUCACCAGAUGGCUGCAAAAGAGGAGCUUAUGGGGAUUUAUUCAAAAUUCGGAAGUCUAGGUAGAGAUUGUGUUGCUCUCUUACCUCCGGCCAAAACUCUAUUGGCCUCAGCAUGAACACCCCCUGGCAGGCGUGUCACACAAAAAUCAUUAUCCAAUAGACUUGUGUUUAACUAGAUUACUGUUCUUUACUGGCAAAUUGAGAGUAUUGAAUGCAAAACUUACUUCUGCUUCU